GUCUGAGACUCGUCGCCUCUCCUUUGUACCUUCCUUGUCGUAACAGUCACCAGUCGCUCUUUCAUCCCGACCGCAAACAUCGCCAUGGACGUCUUUUCCUCACCUCUGCGGAUGAUUCCGCCCCUGACACCCCGUCGCGUUGCAUCGCCAGCCAUGUCACCAGCAACCAGAAGAGGCAGGGCGCACGGCAGCUCAGAAGAGAGCCGCCUCCGCGAUCUGUCGCCCGAAACCACCCUCCGCGCCUUUACGCAGAAGCCCAUGCCCUACGACACCACACGCGACGAAUACAAGAUCUUCUCCUGCAUCGAGACCCUCACCGCCGCCGAGAGGGACCUGGGAUCGCGCGUCGCAAAGGCAGCGCAGCGGCUGAAGAUAUGGUGCGCCGAGAUUGAGCAAUGGGGCUGGUCGGGCAGCUUCGAGCAGCCGAGCGCCCAGUUCCGCGAACAGAGGAGGAAAAGCAUCGAGAUGCACAUCAGGGAGCACGUGGCCGAAUCCGACGGCGCCGAUGCCAUGCCGCCAUUGGAAUACUGGGGGUCGAUGCUGUCAGUCGAGGUGGAGCAACACGAGGCGCGGCUAGACGACAUCGCCGACGAGAUGCUGAAGCUAGAUGUCGAAGAGCUGAAGGAACAUGUGCUGGACAUGCACCCAGCAGGCAGGUCGAGACCGUCCUCUGCUGGUUACGAGGCCAACCGCCAACAUUACAAGCUCAUGGACGACUUCUCCUUUCUCAUCACCCAAACCCUCCUAUCCGCCCUACCGCAUCACGCCCAGCUCAAAGCCCGCCUGAGCACAUGGACUGCCCGCGUCUCCAUCCUCCGCGAAGCACCCCGCUACACCGGCGAGCUCGACACAGCGCAAGAAGCUAUGCGGUUAGGCUGGGAGGCCAUUGAGCCACCAGCAGAUACGUCCGAUGCCGCCUUCGAGCAGUGGAAGAGUGCCGUAGACACCAUCUCUCGGGUGCUUCACCAAAAAGUCAGCGAUUUGGGUAGGCAACUGGACAAGAUGCUCGAUACGCUCGAAGGUCAGGAAGACUGCCUGCCAGACAACUGGAUAGACGUCUUUGAGACUACAGAGGCUGACUACGGACGCUGGAAACACGAAUCGAGAAGGAGGGUCAUCGACCUCGAAGUCCGAAGGCGGGCCGAGGGGUUUAAUUCCGCUUCUGCCCCUAGACCAGCCGCUGUCAAUGCUCGAAUCGAUUCUGUAGCGUCUGCUAACGAAGCAUCGCCAGAGGAAGCUGCUUCGCAGAAUAGCCAUCGAGUAGCUCCGCAUGACUACUUUGGUAAUAUACCUCAUCGGGAGAUGUUCUCUGGUGACUAUGCCCUCGACGCAUCCAACAGCAGCAACCCAACACUCCACACCUCGAUCGGCUCCAACAACACACGUCAGGUAUCUGGAGAGACUGAGGCUACAGAAGUCGAGUUGCAACAAGGCAUCGCGCCAUCUGUUGACGAAGACUCGGAAUUUGAGGAAGGCGAUACCGUGGUACAAUACGACCUCGACGAGAGUCCUGAAGACGUCGCCGCGCAGUCAGAGUCUGAAUCACUUUCAUCGGCCCCGACUGGAGUAGAUCAACCAUCCCAGGCAUCUUCACAAAGCCGACCCAAACCUCUGGCCCUUUUUGGUAACCCAACUAUCACCAAAAACGAUGGCCAGGACAGUCCCGUUAUGGAGCCGCCUCAAACACCACGCUCGUGGAGAGGUAGUUUGAGUUCGCUGUCAACAGACAUCUCACCAGACUCAAGCCCACCUAGUACCGUGGAGGAGUCUCCUUCAGUUCGAAACGCAACCAACCGCUCUAUGAGAGCACCGCGUCCCGAGCUCAAUGCAGCCAUGGCAAAGCGUCGACCUGUACAGACUACUACUACCACCACCGCAGAUGAUACAGUGAGCGCACCAUGGCCGCCAACACAUUUCGCUCAGAAAUCCACCAGCAGCGCGGAAGAGCUCGAGCGCAAGAUCUCUGAUAUCCUGACAACCAUUCCCGGCCGCAUUAGACUCAGAUCAGGUCCGGGCCCCGAUGCACCCGAAGUCAAGCCAGCUCGUGGCCUUCUAGCCAAGGGAAGUCGUGGAUACCUGCGCGCAGCUCGCUCAGUCAGUGGCCUCAAGUCUCCCGAGCUCACUCUGUCGCCUGCGAAGAGCGAGUUCGAUCUAAACAACACUGCAUCCGGACGGAGGUCUGCAGCGGCGGCAAGAGGCGAUAACGACAUCAAGUUGUAUCAUCUCACGCAACCUGGCAAAGAACAGCCCAUCAAGCUGUUCAUCCGCCGCGUUGGCGAGAAUGGUGAGCGUGUCAUGGUCCGCGUUGGUGGUGGUUGGUCUGAUUUGGGUGAGUAUCUGCGCCAAUACGCUGAGCACCACGGUCGCAGGACUGCAAGCGAAGGCAAAUUUGAGGUCCUAGGUCUCGAGGUGAAGAACCCCGAUGGUUCUCCCACCCGACCAGACAGCAGGGCGAGCAGAAUGGAGAGACGAAUCAGCGUCGGCUUUCCCUUGGCCAGUCCAAACACGACACCCGUCAAGUCAUCUGGUCUGAGCUACUUCACAAGCGACGAAGCGCCUCCACCGAUGCCUAGCUUCAUCACUGGAACACCAGGCGCUACUGAAGACCCGACUAUGCCUUCUUCGACCUCGUCUCGCAAUUCUUGGCAAGGCAAAGAAGUCGGGCUCGCUGGCCCGAAAGCGAAGAAAUUGGACCUUAGUGGCGAGAAGCUGGAGUGGAUCGAAGGCAUGAUGAAGCAAGCUCGCACCGUGAGCAGUAACGUCAUCACUUCAAACCAUCCGCCUUUCGAGCGGACGGAUAGCACAAGUGACAGUCGCCCAAGUAGUGCUGUGGCUGGGAAAAAGACCGAGUUUGGUGAUCUCGGCAAGGUUGGUGCUACCAAGAGGGUCUUUAUGAAGGGU